AUGGCCAAUAUCAACCCUUUUCGGUCCAGGCGACUAGCUUAUCGAGCCGUUGAAGAUACACCAGAAGACGAUGAUUUCAUUCACUCCAUCCAGUCUGACCCCCUAUCGUACGCGACUUCAAACUCGACACUGUUGAAACCUCAAACGAAGCGUGAUACAUUAAAUGGCUACAAGAAACAUCUCAUGGAGGAUGCACUUUUAGCAGUUAUCAUUUUACUACCAACCCAGAAUGUCCAUGAUCAGCCUGGUACGGCCGGCCCUCCCCAGGAAAUCUGGACGUCGAUCGGGAUUAUUGCUCUCAAAAAGGAUGAGCCGGGUCACGGCCAUCAUCGCAAAAGUUCUAUCAGCAUCGAUAUUGCCAAGCCCUAUCAGAAUCAUGGCUACGGAAGCGAAGCGAUUGAAUGGGUGGUAGAUUGGGGGUUUCGGAAAGCUGGCUUGCACCGCAUCGCAGUUGAAGCUUUCUCUUAUAACCCGGGCGCAACGCGCCUCUAUGAGCGCUUGGGAUUUCAAUUCGAGGGACGCCAAAGAGAGGCUAUCUGGACUACCCUGCAUGUCGGUUGUUUGAAAUCAAUGGAGAUCAACGUUUACUUCGAAGCAAAGGUCUUUAUCUGGAAGCCUGAAAAAACACUGGCUCGUGCAAUCGUUUAG